GAGACAGCAAACUGGCUGUUAUGAAAGAAUAAUUCGACGUUGAGAGUGAACUCCCAUGUCUAUGUUUGCUGCCUCUUGAAAGAACAAUCAUACGAUCUUUCAUCUUGGAAAUAAAUUCUUACUAUAAGAACAUAUGAUAUUUCCCUGCACUCUCUCUUUUAAAUCUCAGCGCUUCAUUAUCACAGACCGACUACCUCCACAUUCAUCCAGCAUGAGCAACACACCAAUACGACUACUCGUCGAAUUCAAACCCAAAGCACCGAAACGAGUACCCGACGGAUCCCAGCACAAAGCAAUCGAAGUUCAACACUCCGAUGCUCCAUACCAGCAAUGGCUGAACCUGCGAGCGUCUCUCGACUUCCAUCUCAAUAGCCUAACGGACGCUUCCAUGUCCAUCAUAAAAGUUCACAUAUUGUGGAAUGUUCUGCAUAGUUAUGUGGUGGAGCAGGAUUUCCAGUGGUCUUCGAUUUAUGUAAAGACUGAUGAGAUCUUGGAAACACAAGCAUCGGUUUUUGGAACUCCGGAACCGGAACUUGAGCGGAACGAGGAGAGGUGUCGGGACAUAGUGAUUGCCUUGGGCUUGAUGAAGGAAAGGGACUGUUGGGAUCGUUUAUGUGUUGAGUAUAGUGUGAAAGCAGAAGAAGGAAGACGAUAGAUAGUAAAGGUUAAGGGGUUAGAUGAAGGAAAUUGAAAAAUAGGAAAAAAAGGUCUUGCAAUACACCUUAGAGUUGUUCCAAAUAAAUCGAGUAUCUUAUGUGAUCGGGAAGAUAGUAACAUAACUUGAAGAUAAAUCAAAUACAACCCGACA